AUGUCUUUGCGGACGGUGGCUCUGAGUGUCACCCUGCUGCUGCUGGUGCUGACAGAAGCGUGGGCGCAGAACCCAAGGAAAAGGCUGGCGCCACCCAAGCCUCCAAAGGCGCAGUGCUGCGAUGUAGUGCGCUCCCUGAAGGUGCAGGUGGCCAACCUGACCAGCCUACUGGAGGAGCUGGGCCGCAAGCAGGAGACAGACUUGAUGAACGUAGUCAGGCAGAUGAUGGAGCUGGACAAGCAGAAUCGGCAGCAGGAGUCCCGCGUCACUGAGGCCGAGAGCAAGUACUCUGAAAUCAACAACCGGGUGGAGAUCAUGCAGCUGCAAGCCGCCCAGUCCGUCACUCAGACCACAUCAGGUAAGAACCUACAUUGUGGAUGUGUCCCAGGUUCUUGGGCCAGGCAACAAAGUAGCAGAGGAACAAAUCACUACUUUAGUGUGAAUGAAAAAUGUAGUGUUGUUAUCAUUCAUUUAAUUUUCAUUGUGAAAGUUUCAACUUCAGUGAAUGUGAUUCUCAAACCUUUUUUUAAAUUGACUAAUAGUGGUAGUAGUGGUAAAACACAUGGUUUUCUGGUGAAAACAAUAGGCUAUGAGUAGUAGAAUGCAGUAGUACAGUACAGUAGUGACUGUGUCAAAUGGCCAGAGUGGAAAUCUGGCCUGCUCCACAUUGGCAGACCCAGUUCAGUUUAGACCGAGACGAUACUUCUCUCCCUUUCUGUCGACUGUUCAGCAUCUGCUUCCAGACACUCUCCACAGGUGUGAAAAUCAUAUCACUGGCUGCCAUACAUAACACACUGCCAUAAAUACUCAUAGCACACACCUAAUGUCAGACACACAGGAAAUUUGGUUGGUCUCCUUUUUAUGACCACAUCAGUCAGUCUGCUGUCAGAAAACAAUCGACUUAAAAAUACCCCUCACAGAGAUAUUAGCCCACAGUUUCAGACAGCUAUUAUUAAACAAACAACCAAAAAGGGUAAAUUACAUUGGUAUGUAGGCCAUUGUUCUUUGUAAAAAAAAAUUAAAGGAAAAAAAAGAAAGGAAUUCAGAAUAUACAAUUGUUUUCAUUUACAGGACAUUGUAAACAUAUUUUUGGACAUUGAAAACUAUAAUUAGCCGUGGGCGCUCCGAAUCUUCGGCACCAGACAGCUGCCAUCAAUUGGUGAUAAUGAAGAUUAUAGUGUGCAAACUUGUCUGGGUGUCUCAUGGUAGCCAAAAGCCAUAAUUUGAACUGUAAGUGUCCCGUCUGCAUGAAGUCUGUCAAUAAAGACCACCUCUAUCAAAGCCAGUUGUUUCCAUCCAUCAUCUGAACUUAACCAAACUAUUAAUCACUGUGGGGAGAUUUAGCCAGGCAUGUCGCAGUGUUUUAUUUUAAUACCCUGUUAGCCAGUCUUAGCAGUGCCACUUUUAUGAUGCUGGCACAGUGAACAGAGAAGCGCUUUAUAAAGACUCUGCAAAUUACAGAGACACUGUGCAGACAGGGAAACAGAGCAUGAAGAAAAGCAAAGAUUGGAAUGGCGUUUCCACCAGCCUCUAGUCAUGAAAACACUUGAGCCCCUUUUUGAUGCAUUGGAUACAUUUCUCCCCAGUGAUCUCAGAGCACCUCUAAUGGCAUCACCGUACCAUCACAGAAACAAUGGAGAGAACUAUGCAAAGAAAUUGAACCAUGCUGUGUAUAAUAUCCUUCAAUCCCAAAUUCUUUGACUUCUCUGCCAGACAUCUAUUCCCAUGAUACCGUUUUCAGUCAAUUUGCAUUUUUAAAACCCGCCAUGAAACGGCAUCUGGUUUGGCCAUCUCUAAUCUAUUUUCUAGAUGCCAUCUACGACUGUGCAUCCCUGUACACCAAGAACUACAAGAUCUCUGGGGAGUACAAAUUACCUGCAGAUGACUUCCUGGGGACCCCUGAGAUUGACGUAAGUGAUAACCCUGGAACUACAAAAAAGUUUUACGUUCACAGAUCCAUGCUACAUUGUAGUCUCUGUAGAAUGCCAGGAUUGUGGCAUACUUUUCACAGACGUGUUGGGGUAGCUUGUUUAACCUCUGCUGUUGGUUUCAGGUCUUCUGUGACAUGGAGAGCAAUGGUGGUGGCUGGACGCUCAUCCAGAGACGCAAGGUGGGCCUGACCUCCUUCAACCGCGACUGGAAGCAGUACAAGAAUGGCUUUGGCACCAUCCGAGGAGACUUUUGGCUAGGCAAUGAAAACAUCUUCCGUCUGACAAGGCAGCCCACCACACUAAGGAUAGAGAUGGAGGUACGAAGGGGGGCUGAGGGUGGGAUCCUCAAAACAGGCUAGCUGCCCAGACCUUCCCAGACCAGGCCCCAGAUACUGAAAGCAAAAGAAGAUACACCACCCAAAACACAGUUAAAAAAAACACAGUAAAAAGAAAACAACUCAUGGGCAAGCGGUAAACCUCUAGCUCCACCAAAAGUUAUAACAUUAGUUCAAUAUUCUCAGUUGCAUAGUUUUACCACAAGAUGUGCAGCAAAUAUCUAAAUCAUGUACUAUUUGUGUUUUCUGUUCUCCAAUGCAGGACUGGGAAGGUCAGACCCGCUAUGCAGAGUACAGUUACUUCACAGUAAAAAACGAGUUGAACAGCUACAAACUCUUCAUCGCCAACUACAGUGGAAAUGCUGGGGACUCUCUGCGCUACCACAACAACACCAACUUCAGCACCAAGGGCAAAGACAAUGACAAAUGUGUGGACGACUGCGCUUCACUACGCAAAGGUACAAGAGGGCCAAAAUACUUAACUCUGGUUUAACUCACAUAAUGAACACCUUUAAAUUUCUUUCCAAUGACUGCAUUAUCACCGUUUUUUCCCUACAGGUGGUUACUGGUACAACUGUUGCACUGACUCCAACCUGAAUGGCGUGUUCUAUCGUUAUGGCGACCACAGCAAGAGCACAGAUGGAAUCAAUUGGUACGGCUGGCACGGGCCCAACUACUCCCUGAAGAGAGUGGAGAUGAAGAUCCGGCCACAGAAUUUUCAACCAUAA